AUGGGUAACAAGCGGGCUCGGGUCAUCACAGAGAACCAGAAGUACAAUGAUGGAAAAGUCAAUACCGGUAUUGUUGAUCCCUCAACACGCUCCCUUUCCCAUAUCAAGCGUCACAUCAACUUCGAGGUUCCACAAGAGAUCGACACUCAAUAUUUCAGGAACAACCUCCUAGCCCAAGGGAUUGUCCAUCGUUGCACUAUCCGAAGCCUGCUCGAGACCCAAAAUUUAUCUGAAGAGCAGAAAGACAGACUUCAACAAACGUCUCUGCCUAAGAAGAAUAGGUUGGCAACCGUUUACCAUGCUGGUGCUAUAUCUGCGCCUGAUUUCGCACAGAAAAAUAUAGCCUUUGCCGAGGCGUUCGGGGACUUCCUCCUUCACGAAAAUCCCAAGGGACUGGCAGAUUUCGCCCCUCUCGCAAAAUUGAAAGACCAGGCGUUGCGCAGGGCCAAAGACCAGCAGGCUACCCAGCCGAAACGCGAAGACGAGCCAGCCAUCGCUAUGGGCUCAAUCGAGAAGACGGGCUCGGGAAAUUCUGCUCUCAUGCCUCUGGUGACUCGUCGGGAAGUAUGGAUGUCUCUGUGCCCCAACAGAAAGUGCGUCGGGGGCUUUCCUUUCGAGGUUCCCAUCCCUGCGGCUGUCAGGCUCCAGAAACACGUCAUUGAAGAGUUGGAGAACGAGACGAAUAGCUAUACGGGCAGAGGAGAGGACGCAAUUCAACGAGAUGAAGGAAGCCUAGCGAACUACAUCCAUCCUCAUGUGAGAAUUGACGUUGCUCAACGAAAACUGCCAGAUGGCAGAUCCAUUCACGUGCUCUUAUUGGGCCUCGUCGAGGAUACGUAUAACUUGCGUUUCUCUCGCUUGGGCCUGCUGCAGGCAUAUGACAUGGUCGUCUGCUGGGCAUCGAGGAUCGACAGCGACGGGAUCAGCAUCUCUUUGAAGAGCGCAUUCGACGGCUGCAACCAAAUCACCGAGUUUAUCGUGGCUGGCAGCGAUCGUAUCAAUGAACUGGCGGUGCUGGAAAGGCGGCUAGAGAGAUUCAUGCCCGACAUUUCUCAGUUCGAUGAAGCUGUCGAGCGCAUCUCCCAGUGGAUGGAACGGCGUAAAGCCAAGCUCGUCUCUUCUCCUGAAGACCGGGAGAGAAGACUUCGCAAGUGGUGUGAGAAGCAAAAAUUGGGAGACAUGGGUAACGAUCUCCUGGAGCAGGCCUGUCAGCAGGCGGUAGAAGUCAAAACCAGGGAAUGGAAGAAGAGCACACAGAGAAACAAGCGCGCCAGAUUCGACGAUGUCAUUGACGGCGCCCAGCCGACAAAGAGAAGAAGGAAGGGAUGA